AUGGCUUUUAAUCUUGGCGGCGCAGAGAGCCCUAUGCUCCUUCCAGAUUCACCUGCUGUGAAGAGGCAGAAGACCGCUUCUGGCUACAACUCAAACAACUCCCCUGCUGCGAAUGGCUACAACUCUGACGAAGAUGAUGGAGAUGCUCUGUUUGAAAACUUCAUACCCGAUACACCGAAGGCUGGUGGGAAUAGGAAUGGGCAUCAGACUCAACCAACGCAGAUACUACCUCCUCCGAAUACGAAUGGCUACGAGACUCAGCCCACACAAAUACUCUUGCCUCAAUUAAAUAACUACGAGACUCAACCUACCCAGCUUCUAGAUCGACCUUCAAACCCAGCUUCGAGCCCACCCUUGACGCCCCACAGGACUGUUCAGGUUCCUGCCUCCUCGCCCUACGCCCAGUCCCCUUCCAUGCGAAAUGGAGCGGCAGUCCCGUUUAUGGGAAUGCAUCAAAAUCCCCGUGUUGCAAUGCCUACAGGGAACCCCACCGCCGCCUUCCAAACCUCUCAUCAAAGACAGCACAUGCAGCCCGAAUCGAAUGGGCUUCAUGCCUAUCAGAGGAACUUGGCUACGAGUAUAGCACCUGCGGGUACCGCAUACAGACCUCCUCAUGGUAUUGGCCCGAAGGCAUCCCCUAUCAAGAGCGUGGUAGAUCUCACGGACGAUGGCGAGGAUUCCGAUUCCGAUAAUGGAAUAAAUAAAGCUAAUAUACAGCCUUCGAAUUUUGGACCAAGGACCGCUCAGACCUCGUUUUCUGGAAUUAAUGGCAAUACGAAAUUCCAGGAAGCUGUCAGAAAUGCAGCAUAUAAGCCCUCGAUGCAUGCUGGUAUGAAACAGACGAGGCCUGAUCGAGCAAAGCCAAUUGAAGACAUCGCUCCAGAUUCUUUUUCUGACCCUGGUCUUCGAGAAAAUGUCAGUAGAAUUAGGAGAGUUCUUCCCCAUAUUACUAUAUUGGGUGCCAAAAAUGCCUUGAUAGUCUGUAAUGGGAACCUAGAUGAGGCAAUAUUACUUCUUGGUGGCGAUGAUGAUGCGCCGGGAGAUAUCGUUUCUAUUUCUGAUGGCGAGCUCGCUGUUCUGCCAGCGAAAGAUGAGCCCCAGAUGAAGCGAGGCCUCAAUGCACCAACUGUUUCGAUCAGAGACAAGUAUUCGUCGACGCAGGCUCUUCCUAGAAAGCAAUCGCAGUCACAGGUUUCGACUCAGCCAGUAAAGCCAAAGAGAAAGCUUAUGCAAGGCCGACGAAACCCAUCUUCUCCGGGAAUCCCAAUUGCCUCCUCGCCGCUAAAACCCGCGUCACCUAUAGCCUCCGCGCAUGAUGAUUUUGAUUCCGAUGACUCUGGAGUUGCUUCGGCUCCAGAGGACGAUCCUAUGCUCGAAGGCCGAGUCUUGAAGUACUUGAAUAUCUGCAAGGUUGAAGAACUUGUAGAGCUUACCGCCACGACCAAGGAACUGGCUGAAGUGAUGAUCAGCGCUCGUCCUUUCAAGAGCUUGGAUUCCGCUAGAACUGUGGAAAAUACAAAGACUCUCAAGAGCGGCAAGAAGAGUAAGAAAGCUCCCAUUGGAGAUAGGAUUGUCGAUACUGCUCUGGAUAUGUUCCAGGGGUAUGAAGCUAUAGAUGAUCUUUGCGCUAAGUGUGAGGAGCUUGGAAAAGCACCUGCGGAGGAGAUGAUGAAGUGGGGAUUUGAUGUCUUUGGUGCUUCGAAGGGUGGGGAGCUGGAGAUGACUUCUCUUGACGAUGAUGCUGAGUCUCUGCGGGAUUCGGGGAUUGGGUCUCCAAGCAGUGGUAACGCUUCUCCUAAGAAUAAUAACGAUGACGAUAUCCGAAUCGUAGCGACGAAGAGAAAGAGAGGCAAUGUGAACUUCUUGAAGAAGCCGGAUUUAAUGGCUGAGAGUUGUAUACUCAAAGACUACCAGGUUGUUGGACUGAACUGGUUAGAUUUGAUGUACAGGAAACGCCUGAGUUGUAUCCUGGCAGACGAAAUGGGUCUCGGAAAAACUUGCCAGGUUAUUGCUUUCAUAAGCCAUCUUGUUGAGAUUGGCCAUAAUGGGCCUCACUUGGUUGUUUGUCCUGGAUCGACUUUGGAGAACUGGCUGCGAGAGUGUCAGAACUUUGCCCCGCAAUUGAAUGUCGAGCCUUAUCACGGUCUUCAGAAGGAACGCGGUGAAAUGGCUGACGCGAUUCUUAACAACCGAGACACGAUCAACAUUGUGGUCACUACCUAUGAUAUGGCUGCCAAGAAAGAGGACAACAAGUUCUUGAGAAGAUUAAAACCUGAUGUCUGUGUUUACGACGAAGGUCACUAUCUAAAGAAUCCCAAUUCUCAGCGAUAUCAAGGCCUGGUCCGAAUUCCCGCAGAGUUUAAACUCCUACUCACCGGAACACCACUACAAAACAACCUGCAGGAAUUGGCCGCACUCCUUGCGUUCAUCAUGCCAAGCGUCUUUGAAGAGCGUCAGGAGGACUUGCAGUAUAUAUUCAAGGCCAAGGCUACCACACGAGACGCCGACCAUGCAGCACUACUGUCCGCCCAGCGAAUUGGCAGGGCUAAGACUAUGCUAACGCCAUUCGUUCUUCGCCGGAAGAAGGAGCAAGUCCUAAAGCACCUCCCCACCAAAACCAAUCGCAUGGAGUACUGUACCCUUCAUCCUGCUCAGAAAGAGGUAUAUGAUGGCCUCGUGGGAAAAGCCCGUGAGAGGGCCCAAGUACGCCUCGAAGGUAAAAAGAUACCCAAGGGUGAUGAAAACAACCCUUUGAUGCAACUCCGAAAGGCAGCCAUCCACCCAAUGCUCUUCCGUCGUCACUUUACCGAUGAGAAGAUUGAGAAGAUGUGUAAUAUUCUUCGCAAGAAAGACCCUACCAAUUUUCCAACAGAUAAGAACCACAAACGGGAGCAUCUUAUACAGGAAAUGCAACUUGGUUCCGAUUACUGGCUCCACGGGUGGUGCCUCAGUUACCCAUGCAUUCGCUCCUUCGACGUUGCCGACCUAGCUUGGAUGAACUCGGGAAAAGUCGAGGCGCUCGUCAAGCUCGUGAAAGCUUAUAAAGAGAAUGGGGACCGCGUCUUGAUCUUCUCGCAAUUUGCGCUCGUUCUCGAUAUCCUGCAAUCGGUGCUUAACACUUCUCUCAUCUCCUACACCCGCAUUGAUGGCUCCACGAAGAUCGAUGAACGCCAAUCUCUUAUCGAUCAAUUCCGUGACGACGAAGGAAUUACCGCCUUCUUACUUACGACCAAAGCCGGUGGAACGGGUAUUAACCUAAUGUACGCCAACAAAGUCAUCAUUUUCGACGGCAGCUUCAACCCACAAGAUGAUCGUCAAGCCGAGAAUCGCGCCCAUAGAGUUGGACAGACGCGCGAUGUGGAGGUCGUGAGACUCGUUACAAAAGGCACGAUUGAGGAGCAGAUCUAUGCUUUGGGGAAGAGUAAGCUCAUGCUUGAUGGAAGGGUUGCCGGCGGGGACGAUGGGGAUGCUAUGACUGAUGCUGGGGAGAAGGCUGUUGCGAAGAUGCUGCUGGAGGGGACUACUGCUGCCGAAGAAGAUGAGGAGAAAGAGGUGCAGGGUGAGGGCGAGAAGAAGGCCGGGGUUGUGGCGAAUGGGAAGGGCAAGGAGACUGAUCUGCCGAAGCGGAAGAAAAGCUCGUUGCUUGAUUCGUUGGUUAAGGGUGAUGAGGGUGAGGAUAUGCUUGUGUGA